AUGUUCAAGAUACCAGGUUUCGGAAAAGCUGCUGCAACUCACGCCCCACCAGAUAUGACAAACGUAGAUACCCGUCCACGCCAUUUACAAGUGUCAAAUUGCCCUAAUAACUCCUAUGCACUGGCCAACGUUGCCGCUGUUUCGCCCAAUGAUUUUCCUAACAAUAUCUACAUCAUCAUCGACAACUUAUUUGUUUUCACUACUAGGCACUCUAACGAGGUUCCACCUGGAACCAUCGGGUUCAACGGUAAUCAGCGUACUUGGGGUGGUUGGUCUCUAAACCAAGAGGUUCAAGCAAAGGCGUUUGAUUUAUUCAAGUAUUCCAGCAAACAAUCGUAUCUUGGUUCGAUAGACAUAGAUAUUUCAUUCAGAGCUAGAGGAAAGGCGGUCAACACGGUAUUCGAUCAAGAUGAGUUAGCCAAACAAUUCGUCCGCUGUUAUGAAUCUCAAAUAUUCUCUCCAACUCAGUACCUUAUUAUGGAAUUCCAGGGUCAUUUCUUUGAUCUUAAGGUUAGAAAUGUCCAAGCAAUCGAUUUGGGAGAUAUUGAACCGACAACCGCUGUUGCAACAGGGAUAGAGACUAAGGGAAUUCUGACAAAACAAACGCAAAUCAAUUUUUUUAAAGGAAGAGAUGGACUAGUUAAUUUGAAAUCAUCGAACUCAUUAAGACCAAGGUCAAAUGCUGUUAUCAGACCAGAUUUCAAAUUUGAAGACUUAGGUGUUGGUGGUUUAGAUAAAGAAUUCACCAAAAUUUUUAGGAGAGCUUUUGCGAGCAGAAUUUUUCCACCUUCAGUUAUUGAAAAAUUGGGUAUCUCUCACGUUAAAGGUUUACUAUUGUACGGUCCUCCAGGUACUGGUAAAACAUUAAUUGCAAGAAAAAUCGGUACAAUGCUGAACGCCAAAGAGCCAAAGAUUGUUAACGGUCCUGAAGUUUUAAGUAAGUAUGUUGGUUCCUCAGAAGAAAACAUCCGUAAUUUAUUCAAAGACGCAGAAGCAGAAUACAAGGCCAAGGGGGAUGAAUCUUCCUUACAUAUCAUCAUUUUUGAUGAACUGGAUUCUGUUUUCAAGCAGAGAGGUUCAAGAGGUGAUGGUACUGGUGUAGGUGACAAUGUAGUUAAUCAAUUGCUGGCUAAAAUGGACGGUGUUGAUCAACUGAAUAAUAUAUUGGUCAUUGGUAUGACCAACCGUAAAGAUUUGAUCGAUAUUGCUCUUUUACGUCCAGGUAGAUUCGAAGUUCAGGUUGAAAUUCAUUUACCGGACGAAAAAGGUAGACUGCAGAUUUUUGAAAUUCAGACAAAAAAAAUGAGAGAAAACAAUAUGAUGAGCGACGAUGUUAACUUGGCUGAGUUAGCGGCUUUAACUAACAAUUUUUCCGGUGCUGAAAUUGAAGGUUUAGUGAAAAGUGCAAGUUCCUUUGCCAUCAACAAAACCGUUAACAUUGGAAAAGGAGCGACAAAACUCAACACAAAGGAUAUAGCAAAACUUAAAGUAACAAGAGAAGACUUUUUAAAUGCUCUUAAUGAUGUCACUCCUGCUUUUGGUAUCAGUGAAGAAGAUUUAAAAACAUGUGUAGAAGGUGGGAUGAUGCUUUAUUCCGAAAGAGUUAGCUCAAUUUUAAAGAAUGGGGCUCGUUACGUUCGUCAAGUUCGCGAAAGUGAGAAAUCUAGAUUAGUGUCUCUAUUAAUACACGGCCCUGCGGGAUCUGGUAAGACAGCAUUGGCCGCUGAAAUUGCUUUAAAGUCCGGAUUCCCAUUUAUCAGAUUAAUAUCACCUAAUGAGUUAUCAGGUAUGUCAGAAAGCGCCAAAAUUGCCUAUAUCGAUAACACCUUCAGAGACGCAUAUAAAUCUCCUCUAAACAUUCUCGUUAUCGAUUCGUUAGAGACUCUGGUUGAUUGGGUGCCAAUUGGUCCAAGAUUUUCAAAUAAUAUUUUACAAAUGCUGAAAGUCGCACUGAAGCGGAAACCCCCUCAAGAUGGCCGUUUGCUAAUUAUGACAACUACCUCAACUUAUUCAGUUCUCCAACAAAUGGAUAUCCUGAGCUGUUUUGACAAUGAAAUAGCAGUUCCAAAUAUGACAAACCUAGAUGAAUUGAAUAACGUUAUGAUAGAAUCUAAAUUUCUCGAUGACGCUGGUAGGGUUAAAGUUAUCAACGAAUUGUCACGCAGUUGUCCUAACUUUAAUGUCGGUAUCAAGAAGACCUUAACCAAUAUUGAAACUGCAAGGCAUGAUGAAGAUCCUGUUAAUGAGAUUGUUGAAUUGAUGGCACAAUCUGCGUGA